CACAAGCCAGGCUUUAUCCUGCCUGACUGUCCCGCUCACUUAGACCUCACAGGAAACUCCCGACUCCCCCGGCCCUCACACACUCAUUCAUUACCACUCACCACACUUUUUACUCACACAUACUCCCACCGGCUGACCAGAGAGAGGAUGGCUGCGUCCAUGUGGAGGAUGAAUGGCCCCUGGAGAAGGAUGGCUGGAGUUCUGUUGCUCUGCGCUCUGAUGCUUAGCAAUGAGGUGAUGUGUCAAGAAAAUCCGGCAACAGAUGCACCUGAUCUGGCUGUAGACACUGACAUGGCAAAUGACACUAUCGAUGUAGGGGCUACUCCAACUGUCGCUCUCGGGGAAGAAUCUUCUGCUUCUGCUGCCCCUCAAAAUAGCACAUUCCUAGCAACCAUUGUAAGUAUUGCACUUGGUAACGGCCAGGAUGAAGACACCUCGGGCACCACAGGCACCACUGCUGCCCCCAUUGUCGAAGUCAACAUGGUCCCAGAUGGCGCCCACAUUGUUAGAACAGUGGUGCCCGAUGUGGUGUGUGUUGGAAAGGAGGACGUCCCAGAGAAUAAUGCUGUCAAGGCUGCGUUGGCAACAGAUGAUUGUCAAGUAACUAAAGACAUUAUUCAGCGGAAUCCUGCAAGUUGGUGCCACAAAGAAAACUGUAAUCUAAAAAUCUUCCAAGAUGGCAACACGGCGCUGGUGGCCAGUGAUGAUGCUAACUUGGCUACUUUGGCUGACGCACUCAAGAGUGAACAACUGAAAGAAAAGCUGGGUGUGACAAAGACUGAAACCCCGCCUUCAUCAAGUUCCUCUGUCUUUGUGGGAAUCCUCGUCACUGGUCUGCUUGCUGCCCUUGCAAUCCCUCUUGGUUACCUCAAAUGCCAACGCAGGACUGACACCAAGGGAGUGAGGCUGGCAGAGGAGGCCCAUCCAGUAGAUCAGGAGAACCAGGGGAACACUCUUGUAUCUGUGGCCCCCCUCAUCCCCCCUCCGGAAACCCCGGCGAAACCCAGCAUAAAUGGAGAGUCCCCGGAGGCAGACAAGACCCAGCCUCCUCCUCCCACCAACGGCCACUCCACCACCAAGACAGCCGACACCGAGAUGUGAAAUGGUCUACAAAUAAUUGUAACCCAAGAAUGACCCCGAAAAACACACAACAAC